UAGUGUAAAAUACUGUACAGUCUGUACUCCGAAAUAUACGAUCAAAAAGUCAAAGUAAUAUAGGAGGGAGUAUAUAUCUGGAAGAAAGGCUCACUGGUUAGGGUUUUCAGGUUUCUCGGGGCUCCUCUCGCUGUUUCAGUUUCUGGGUAUUGCUCAGAGAGUCAUAAUAAGUAUUUCUAGAGCUGGGUCUUCUGCCAUAUGUGUUGGAAUACUCUGUUUUUCGCUUCAAGUUUUGGGUUUUCUAUGCAGUUUCUGGUGGUUCUGGGGGUUUGAAGAGGUAGUUGGUGGUUUUGUGAAUUUGGUGUCUGAAGGGUUUGUUCAGGUUUGAAGGGUCUUUUUCUCUACUUUUAGUUUCUGGGUCUUCGGACAACUAUGUUGUGUUGGUGAAUUUAAGGUUUUGAAGGUUUAUUCUUUCGUUAGGUUGGUAUUUGGAUUUGGGUUUGUGUUUGUGUUUUAGCUUGUAUCUUUUUGGUGCUUCUCUAAGUCUACGGACUAGGAGGUGAUGAAGUGGUAGUUCGGCUUUGCUCGAGAAGCUAGUUGCAGUCUAUGAUUUAGGAGUUUCUAGUUACUUUGGUUUUGCAAAGGGCUUUGAGAUUUCUGGUUUUGUUUUGGGUGGAUAGGUGAAGGUGUUGUUGAUGAUGAUGUUGAUACAUGGGUAGUAGAAAGGGGAAGGCUGGUGCAAAAGAUGAUAAUAAAGUUAUGACCGGGAUGCCGAGCUUCGUUCCUGCAAUACCCACUUCCAAUUCCCUUGGCACAGAAGGAAACACCAUUCGUUCCUCUCGAAUUUCGGACUUUGGAACAUUUGAGCAAUCACUUGGAUUUCGUGUAGAGGAUGCUGUUGACCUAAAUCCUGUAUAUAGCCAGAUGAAGUCAAGUAGCCAGGCUCUAGGUACAGACGUUCAAUUUGCCACUUUAAAUAAGUCACUUGCAUCGUCAGAUAUGAAUCUGUCAGCUGCUAUUGCGGGGUCUCACAUGUUACAACUACGAAAAGAACCACAAGCGAAUCUGGUUUCAACAUCUGGUGGCCAUCGCGAAAACUGGGGAGAGUCCACUAUGGCAGAAGCAAGCCCAAGGACUGAUACCUCAACGGAUGACACAGAUGACAAGAAUCAAAGGCAUGAAAGGGGUCUAUCAAUUGUUGUUGCAGCCUCUGAUUCCAGUGACAAAUCAAAAGAGAAAUCUGGGGAUCAAAAAACAUUACGCCGACUUGCUCAAAAUCGUGAAGCUGCGAGAAAGAGCCGAUUAAGAAAAAAGGCAUAUGUGCAACAGCUUGAGAGUAGCCGGCUAAAGCUAACCCAACUUGAGCAAGAGCUCCAACGAGCCCGUCAGCAGGGAAUAUUCAUUUCGAGCUCAGGAGAUCAAUCCCAUUCAAUGAGUGGAAAUGGCGCCUUGGCAUUUGACGUAGAGUAUGCACGGUGGCAAGAGGAGCACAAUAAGCAGAUAAAUGAGCUGAGGACUGCAGUCAAUUCACAUGCGGGUGACACUGAGCUUCGCACCAUUGUUGACAAUGUUGUUGCGCACUUUGAUGACAUUUUCAGGCUGAAAGGCACUGCAGCGAAAGCUGAUGUUUUCCACAUCUUGUCAGGAAUGUGGAAGACACCAGCUGAGCGGUGUUUUUUGUGGAUUGGAGGCUUCCGAUCAUCUGAACUCCUCAAGCUUCUUGUGAAUCAAUUGGAGCCUUUAACUGAGCAACAAUUGGUAGGCAUCUACAACUUGCAGCAAUCAUCCCAGCAGGCUGAAGAUGCUCUGUCACAAGGCAUGGAGGCAUUGCAGCAAUCACUGGCUGACACGUUGGCUAAUGGUUCACCUAGCCCAUCAGGAACAUCUGGGAAUGUGGCAAACUAUAUGGGUCAAAUGGCCAUGGCCAUGGGAAAGCUUGGAACACUUGAGGGGUUCCUACGCCAGGCUGAUAAUCUGCGUCAACAAACACUACAACAAAUGCACCGAAUUUUGACGACCAGGCAAUCGGCACGCGCGCUUCUUGCAAUAAAUGACUACUUCUCUCGUCUUCGAGCCCUCAGUUCUCUCUGGCUUGCCCGGCCACGAGAAUGAGAAGCACACAAGUCCCCUUGAUGAAGUUAUUCUGUAGACUAAAUUAUCACCAAGCUUUGAGUUGCUGGAGGAUCAGCCAUAUGAUUCACCAUUAAGCGGGACUGCAGCUGUUCUUUGGCUUGAUAUUCCUCCUUUUGGGAGCCGGUUGUGCAGUGAGGUCACAUUUGUUGUUGAUAUAGUUGCCAUCUGAAGUUCUAGUGUCAUAUAUGUUUACUAGGUCUUUGAUUCUCAUUUCUUAUGUUUAAAACUAUAGUGCCAAUAAUCUGAUUAUGUUUAGAUGUUUAAUAGAACGGGGAAGGAAAAUAGGGUAGUGUUUGUAAUGUAGGUUACAGCUCUCAAUUUGUAUACCAGAAUCAGAUUAUAUAUUGGUGGAAGAGUCCCUUUUGGGGUGUUUGGACA